AUGCAGUCGGGAGGCCCCAGCUGGGGUGUGCUUCUUGGAAGGCUGGACAGCAAGACCUCCGACUUCAACGGGUCCCUGAACCUCCCAGCGCCCACGGACAACCUCACCAUACUUCAGCAGAAGUUCAGCAACCUCAGCCUCAACGACGUCGACCUGGUCGCCCUCUCAGUAAUAGAGUUUGUCGGUGCAUUGGAUGGACCAGAUGCCUUCAUGACUUCGCUUCACUCGAGACAAGUUUCGUGGUGGUGCCAUGCAUUCUCUGACUCGAUUGCCACUCCAGAUUUUAAGACCCAAACCGGUCAAAUCCACCAUUGA